AAUCCAUUCACUAUAACGCAUAGGUAAAAGUUGCAGCUGCUGAGCAUUUCGACUGGCUGGAAAUACGCAUAUCGCUACUUCGAAAUAAGACUGCCCAUGAAUUAUGAACUGAACUUUUGUUGUUGUUGAACUGAAUUUGAACUGAUGUUGAGUUAGAUGGCAAUACAUUGCCUAACUAAUUGCCUACAAUCAGGAGCGUUGCCUAUCGCUGUGAUGAGGAUAUUUGUUUGAGUCUCAGAUAUUUGAGUCACCUGUGACAGAUGAAGAAUAUAUCUCUGCACUCGUAGAACUAUAAAAUUAGCUUGCUCACAUUAAUCGAACAAUGCUCUCGAUUAACAUGUCUGAGCCUGAUCCGAGCGACGUUUCCGUCGUUAAGGGAGGUAACGAGGCGUGAAAUAUUGUCCUUGCGGUCAAGUUGAAGAGAUUCUAAAAGAAGAGCUCGAAUCACAUUGGAAUUAUUCGUCCUUAAGCUUCUUUAUGUACUCGGAUUGACACGGAAAUCAAUCAGUCAUGAAAGACCUUAGUGAAUGAACGUUGCUGCGGUGGUGUGGAUUGCGCAGCCUUGCGCUAAGCACAUCCAUCUCAUGCGCAGAUCACAAGUAGCAGUCAUCGAACAUGUAAAUAUAAACAGGAACAAAAUGCCGACUUCGAAAAGCGUCUACUCGAGCCAAUGGAACGGCGCAUGCUGUCGCUCACCUAUUCUAAAUCCUGAUAGUGUUGAUCGGCUGUGAAAAUGGGUCAGAAUCAAAGUGGCUCCGGGGGCGGAGGUAAGGAAGGUCAGGAGAAGGAGAAAAAGAAGUAUGAGCCUCCUGUGCCAACGCGGGUUGGCAAGAAAAAAAGACGCGCGAAGGGACCAGAUGCUGCUUCGAAGUUGCCUUUAAUUACACCGCACGCCCGUUGCCGACUAAAGCUGCUCAAGCUCGAGAGAAUUAAAGACUACCUGCUUAUGGAAGAAGAGUUCCUACGUAACCAGGAACGACUAAAGCCCCAGGAAGAACGGCAUGAAGAGGAACGCUCGAAGGUCGACGACCAUCGAGGCUCACCCAUGUCUGUCGGCACCCUCGAGGAGAUUAUCGACGACAAUCAUGCCAUUGUAUCGACAUCGGUUGGAUCUGAACAUUAUGUAUCGAUAUUGUCAUUUGUUGAUAAAGACCAGCUGGAGCCAGGUUGCUCGGUUCUGCUCAAUCAUAAAGUUCACGCAGUAGUCGGUGUUCUUUCAGAUGACACUGACCCAAUGGUUACUGUGAUGAAACUUGAAAAGGCGCCACAAGAGACGUACGCCGAUAUUGGCGGUCUCGACCAGCAAAUUCAGGAGAUCAAGGAGUCGGUAGAGCUUCCCCUUACCCAUCCAGAAUAUUACGAAGAAAUGGGUAUUCGUCCACCUAAAGGCGUGAUCCUGUAUGGUCCACCAGGCACCGGCAAGACGCUGCUGGCGAAAGCAGUUGCCAACCAAACGUCGGCCACAUUCCUUCGUGUCGUCGGUUCAGAGUUGAUUCAGAAAUAUCUCGGCGACGGGCCGAAGCUUGUGCGAGAGCUGUUCCGUGUGGCUGAAGAGCAUGCCCCAAGCAUUGUGUUCAUCGACGAAAUCGAUGCGGUAGGGACCAAGCGUUACGACUCAAACUCUGGUGGUGAACGUGAAAUUCAACGUACUAUGCUCGAGUUACUCAACCAGUUGGAUGGGUUCGAUUCACGAGGUGACGUGAAGGUUGUCAUGGCAACAAACCGAAUUGAGACGCUCGAUCCAGCUUUGAUCCGACCCGGCCGAAUUGACCGCAAGAUCGAGUUUCCAUUACCCGACGAGAAGACAAAGCGUCGCAUCUUUACAAUACACACGGCACGUAUGACCUUAGCCGAGGACGUGGCUGUUGACGAACUGGUCAUGGCUAAAGACGAUCUAUCAGGUGCGGAUAUCAAGGCCAUCUGUACUGAGGCCGGCUUAAUGGCACUUCGAGAGCGCCGAAUGAAAGUGACCAACGAAGAUUUUAAGAAGUCCAAGGAAAAUGUUCUUUAUAGGAAGAAGGAAGGCAUGCCCGAAGGACUCUACCUUUGAAGGACGAUCACGGAAAUCGAAACAUCUUCCGUUCAACAGGCGAGCUUAAGGCGGUUUAUAAUGGUCCUUUGGGUUUGCUUGAUGUGUGAGGAAGAUGGACGAAAGAUAAAAGAUCUAGAUAAAAGAAAAAUAUACACAUGAGAAUAAGAGAACCAUCCUGUGCAUAUUAAUAAUAUGAAAUAAAACCGUGCACAUGAUGUU